GAGAGGAGAAAUUAAAGAGUUGCAAAGAAAUCCACUUAUGCCAGAGGGUAAUAACCGCGCCGAACACCUCGCAUUGGAUGUCCAUUGGACAGUCAAGUACAAAAAAUUGCUUCUGGGGGAUUCUACCAUCUCCCGAGCUACCUGCAUCUUCAAAGUUCCGGGCACGCUCAAAAUGCAAAAUCCACAGGCUUAUAAGCCCUAUUUCUUUUCACUGGGUCCCUGGCACUUUGGCGAACCACACCUGAUGGAGGCUCAAAAGUACAAAAUGUACUCUCUUGAACAACUUGUUCGUCGUUUCCCAAGUCCGGAUGAUAAGAUUAAAGAUUUGGAAGAAACCAUAUCAGAGGCGCUGAUCGAGGCUUGUGAAUGCUACGGGGGUAAGGGGGCCAUCAAUGUCUACAGCAGAGAAGAAUUUGAGAAAAUUUUCCUGUUGGAUGGCUGCUUUAUUAUUGAGAUGCUUCGGAAGAGAGAUGGGCUCAUACCUACAAACUACAGUGAAGACGCUUGUAUGAGCGGACCAGAGUCUCAGAGAAAAGACAAGCCUUUGGUUGAACUUGCAAUUGAUGUUUUCUACUCGAUAUUUUCAUUUGACAAACUUCAGAUACGGUCAUUAAAGAUCAACCACAUCCUCGAUCUUGCAUGGUAUUAUGUGGGCUCCUCAUCAGAACAACCCAGAUGGGGCGAUGAACACUUAGGCCAAAACAGGCAUAAUAUUCCUUCUGCUACAAGCCUUCGAGAGGCAGGAGUCAAAUUCAGAAGAGUUGAGUCAAGAAGAAUCUUGGAUAUAAGGUUCAACAACACUGAAGGUGUUCUCGAAAUCCCAUCUUUACUUAUUCACCCAACAACAGAAACAAUCUUCCGAAGCCUCAUCAGCUUCGAGCAAUGUUACCGUCCCCACCUUCCUAAACUCACCUGUUAUGCAAAGCUCCUAAAUGGACUUGUGGACACCCCUGAGGAUGUGGAUUUACUGUCCAGAGAAGACAUUUUUAAUAACUGGUCAACCCCUGCAGAUGUGUCUGACUUCCUCAACAGACUACACAAUGGCACCCAUGUGGACUGUUUGUAUUAUGCUGGACUUUGCUCGGAUGUGAGAUCUUAUUGCUAGGGGUGUUGUCCAACAUGGCGAGCUUUUUACAUCCACAACUAUUUUACUAAGCCAUGGGCUAUUAUUUCGCAAGUCUUUGCCCUUAUCAUCUUGGUUCUCACAAUCUUACAGGUUGUUCUUCAGGUCAUUUUUAAGUAAGAACUAUCUGUAUCCUGAUGCUUAAGAUAACUUAUAUAUUUAUGUACAAACUAUGUUAUCAAUGUUUGUAUUGAAUAAUUAAUUUUUAGAUUU